AUGGCCGGGCCGCAGCCACCACCCUGGGUCCACGCAGCCGUCCUCCUCUGCCUCCUCGGCCUUGGCGGGGCCAUUGAGAUUCCUAUGGAUCUGUCCCAGCCCCCGACCAUCACCAAGCAGUCCGUGAAGGACCACAUCGUGGAUCCCCGCGAUAACAUCCUGAUCGAGUGCGAGGCCAAGGGGAACCCGGCCCCCAGCUUCCACUGGACUCGGAACAGCAGGUUCUUCAAUGUCGCCAAGGACCCGCGGGUGUCGAUGAGGAGGCGGUCUGGGACCCUGGUGAUCGACUUCCGCAGCGGAGGGCGGCCGGAGGAGUACGAGGGCGAGUACCAGUGCUUCGCCCGCAACAAAUUCGGCACAGCCCUGUCCAACAGGAUCCGCCUGCAGGUGUCCAAGUCUCCCCUGUGGCCCAAGGAAAAUCUGGACCCCGUGGUGGUUCAGGAAGGCGCCCCGUUGACACUCCAGUGCAACCCGCCGCCCGGACUCCCAUCCCCAGUCAUCUUCUGGAUGAGCAGCUCCAUGGAGCCCAUCACCCAAGACAAGCGGGUCUCCCAGGGCCAUAACGGGGACCUGUAUUUCUCUAACGUGAUGGUGCAGGACAUGCAGACGGACUACAGCUGCAACGCCCGCUUCCACUUCACACACACCAUCCAGCAGAAGAACCCGUUCACCCUCAAGGUCCUCACCAACCACCCCUAUAAUGACUCGUCCUUAAGAAACCACCCUGACAUGUACAGUGCCCGGGGAGUCGCAGAGAGGACGCCCAGCUUCAUGUACCCGCAGGGCACCGCGAGCAGUCAGAUGGUGCUGCGCGGCAUGGACCUGCUGCUGGAGUGCAUCGCCUCCGGGGUCCCAACACCAGACAUCGCUUGGUACAAGAAAGGUGGGGACCUCCCGUCCGACAAGGCCAAGUUUGAGAACUUCAACAAGGCGCUGCGCAUCACCAGCGUGUCCGAGGAAGACUCGGGGGAGUACUUCUGCCUGGCCUCCAACAAGAUGGGCAGCAUCCGGCACACGAUCUCGGUGAGAGUAAAGGCUGCUCCCUACUGGCUGGACGAGCCCAAGAACCUUAUCCUGGCUCCCGGCGAGGAUGGGAGGUUGGUGUGUCGAGCCAAUGGGAACCCGAAGCCCACUGUCCAGUGGAUGGUGAACGGGGAACCUUUGCAAUCGGCACCUCCCAACCCGAACCGCGAGGUGGCCGGGGACACUAUCAUCUUCCGGGACACGCAGAUCAGCAGCAGGGCCGUGUACCAGUGCAACACCUCCAACGAGCACGGCUACCUGCUGGCCAACGCCUUCGUCAGCGUGCUGGACGUGCCGCCUCGCAUGAUGUCACCCCGCAACCAGCUCAUCCGGGUGAUCCUGUACAACCGCACGCGGCUGGACUGCCCCUUCUUUGGCUCCCCCAUCCCCACACUCCGCUGGUUUAAGAAUGGGCAAGGGAGCAACCUGGAUGGUGGCAACUACCACGUCUUCGAGAACGGCAGCCUGGAGAUCCAGAUGAUCCGCAAAGAGGACCAGGGCAUCUACACCUGUGUGGCCACCAACAUCCUGGGCAAAGCCGAGAACCAGGUCCGCCUGGAGGUCAAAGACCCCACCAGGAUCUUCCGGAUGCCCGAGGACCAGGUGGUCAAAAGGGGCACCACCGUGCAGCUGGAGUGCCGGGUCAAGCACGACCCCUCCCUGAAGCUCACGGUCUCCUGGCUGAAGGACGACCAGCCGCUCUACAUCGGGAACAGAAUGAAGAAGGAGGACGACUCCCUGACCAUCUUCGGUGUGGCCGAGCGGGACCAGGGCAGCUACACGUGCGUCGCCAGCACGGAGCUGGACCAGGACCGGGCCAAGGCCUACCUCACCGUGCUAGGACGGCCGGACAAACCCCGGGACCUGGAGCUCACCGACCUGGCCGAGAGGAGCGUGAGGCUGACCUGGAUCCCAGGGGACGAUAACAACAGCCCCAUCACAGACUAUGUGGUCCAGUUCGAAGAGGACCAGUUCCAGCCGGGGGUCUGGCACGACCAUUCCAAGUUCCCAGGCAGCGUCAACUCGGCCGUCCUGCAGCUGUCCCCGUACGUCAACUACCAGUUCCGGGUCAUUGCUGUCAACGAGGUCGGCAGCAGCCACCCCAGCCUCCCGUCCGAGCGCUACAGAACCAGCGGGGCCCCCCCUGAGUCCAAUCCCAGCGAUGUGAAAGGAGAGGGGACCAGAAAGAACAACAUGGAGAUCACAUGGACGCCCAUGAAUGCCACCUCCGCCUUUGGCCCCAACCUACGCUACAUCGUCAAGUGGCGGCGGAGAGAGGCUCGAGAGACCUGGAACAACGCCACCGUGUGGGGCUCCCGCUACGUGGUCGGGCAGACCCCUGUCUACGUGCCCUAUGAGAUCCGAGUGCAGGCCGAGAAUGACUUUGGGAAGGGCCCUGAGCCAGACACGGUCAUCGGUUACUCCGGAGAAGAUUAUCCCAGGGCUGCACCCACUGACGUUAAAAUCCGAGUCCUGAACAGCACAGCCAUCAGCCUUCAGUGGAACCGCGUCUACUCCGACACGGUGCAGGGCCAGCUCAGGGAGUACCGAGCCUACUACUGGCGGGAGAGCAGCUUACUGAAGAGCCUGUGGGUGUCUCAGAAGAGACAGCAAGCCGGCUUCCCAGGUGACCGCCUCCGGGGCGUGGUGUCCCGCCUCUUUCCCUACAGCAACUACAAGCUGGAGAUGGUUGUGGUCAAUGGGAGAGGCGAUGGGCCUCGCAGUGAAACCAAGGAGUUCACCACCCCGGAAGGAGUACCCAGCGCCCCCAGGCGCUUCCGCGUCCGGCAGCCCAACCCGCAGACAAUCAACCUGGAGUGGGACCACCCGGAGCACCCCAACGGCAUCCUGACCGGAUAUUCUCUCCGAUACGUGCCCUUUAAUGGAACCAAACUAGGGAAGCAGAUGGUGGAGAACUUCUCUCCCAACCAGACCAAGUUCACGGUGCAGAGAGCAGACCCCGUGUCUCGCUACCGCUUCACCCUGAGCGCCAGGACGCAGGUGGGCUCUGGGGAGGCCGUCACAGAGGAGUCGCCAGCUUCCCCGAAUGAAGCUACUCCAACCGCAGCUUACACCAACAACCGGGCCGACAUCUCCACCCAGGGCUGGUUCAUCGGGCUCAUGUGCGCCAUAGCCCUCCUGGUACUGAUCCUACUCAUUGUCUGUUUCAUCAAGAGGAGCCGCGGUGGCAAGUACCCAGUGCGAGAAAAGAAGGAUGUUCCCCUGGGCCCCGAAGACCCCAAAGAAGAAGAUGGCUCAUUCGACUACAGUGACGAGGACAACAAGCCCCUGCAGGGGAGCCAGACGUCGCUGGACGGCACCAUCAAGCAGCAGGAGAGUGACGACAGCCUGGUGGACUAUGGCGAGGGCGGUGAGGGCCAGUUCAAUGAGGAUGGCUCCUUCAUCGGCCAGUACACGGUCAAAAAGGACAAGGAGGAGACCGAAGGCAACGAGAGUUCGGAGGCCACGUCGCCCGUCAACGCCAUCUACUCUCUGGCCUAG